AUGUGUCUGACGACGCCGCCGAAAUUGAACCAGCCCAAGAACCAGCUACAACUACAGCCCCUACCACAGAAGGCGUCGCUGGCCCAGGACGCAUCACUGACAGUUGAACCACUGACAGGUGCGCAGGUGAACCACACCUGCAGGGUGAGGUCUUCAGACGGUGCUCAGAGCUGUGUGGUCAAGGUCUUUCUAGGUAACGUCAAGUGCCUCGGUCCAGAUGCCCCCAUAGAAGCCUCCAGAUGCCAGAGAGAGAAUGACGCCUGCCACUACUUCCUGUCACUGACACCAAACUGCUGCCAACUGCCCUACUUUUGUGAUGCCGCCAAUAGUCUAGUUUGCCUCCAGGAUUUCCCCGACCAUCGGCUCUGGGGUGACGUCUUGUUGCGGUCAUGUGACCUACACACCGGUGCUAAAAUCGCCGACACUCUGGUGGCCCUGCACUCCUCCUCACACCGGGAGAAACUGGGCGUGGCAGAGUUUCAAGGUCUCCAGCAGAAAUUUGGCCCCCUCCCCCAGCAGACGGCCUAUCUCUGUGACCAGCACUUCAACAGACCCUUCCUGGAGGGUCACCGUAACAACAGACCACGUGACGAGGAUGUCCGUCUCAAGAUGGACGAGGUCAUCAAGGACGAUGUCGUCAUCAAAGCCACAGAGUUGGCCAAGGAAUGGAUGGCCGUGGCCAGUGGGGACUGUUGUAUCCAUGGUGACCUGCAUGCUGGCUCCAUCUUGUACAAGGAAACAGAUGGCAGCAUCAAGCUGAUCGACACAGAGAGCAGCAGGAUUGGACCCCCAGCCUUCGACCUCGCCCUGCUGAUCUGCAACUACGUGCUGCUGUACCACUACCACCAGGACAUGUGUCACGUGGUUCCCGCCCCAGACAAGACGGACCACUCCCAGCUCAUGACCGACACGCUGGACCUUAUAUGUAUCACAAUGUCGCGGUACAUGGAGGGGAUGAGCCGCGCCCUACAGGACAAGUGGGACAAGCACGGAGUGUGGAGGCAGAUCCUGCUCAUGCUGGGGGUGGAGAUCAUUGCUUGGAUCUCCGGCUCCCAAUCCUUCGACAGCUUGGAGCUGCAGCCCAGAGCCCAGCUUAACUGCCUCAACACGGCUCUCAGGAUCAUCCACAAGCAAAGCUUAUCCCUGGACACCAAGGGAUUAUCCAGGCUAAUCAACAACCAACAUUAAUUAGUUUAAACUAGUUACAAUUUAAAUUUAUUUGCUCUGUUUGCAGUGCUAGCCAAAUUUUCUCGACUAGCCUCCAAACUUUCCCAACAGAAACCCACAUUCAAUUUGACGUCACGGCUUAGUGCAAACACGGCUAUCAAUUCCCAGCUAUCUUAUGUCAGCCAUGCUUCAUGUCAUUUACUAAUUAAUUAUUCAAAUGACAAUAUUGUUGUUGGCGCGUGGGGCUAGCACGUUCUAACGUGUCUGCUGCUCGUUAUGUCUGUCACGUGAUGUCUGUCGCUAAGUGUGUCUGUCACGUGAUGUCUGUCGCUAAGUGUGUCUGUCACGUGAUGUCUGCCGCUAGGUGUGUCUGUCACGUGAUGUCUGUCGCUAGGUGUGUCUGUCACGUGAUGUCUGUCGCUAGGUGUGUCUGUCACGUGAUGUCUGUCGCUAGGUGUGUCUGUCACGUGAUGUCUGCCGCUAGGUGUGUCUGUCACGUGAUGUCUAUCGCUAGGUGUGUCUGUCACGUGAUGUCUGCCGCUAGGUGUGUCUGUCACGUGUCUGUAGCUAGGUGUGUCUGUCACGUGAUGUCUGUCGCUAGGUGUGUUUGUCACGUGAUGUCUAUCGCUAGGUGUGUCUGUCACGUGAUGUCUGCCGCUAGGUGUGUCUGUCACGUGUCUGUAGCUAGGUGUGUCUGUCACGUGUCUGUAGCUAGGUGUGUCUGUCACGUGAUGUCUGUCGCUAGGUGUGUCUGUCACGUGAUGUCUAUCGCUAGGUAUGUCUCUAAUGUGACAAUGGCCCCAGCUUUAUUUGUCUCGCUAUAAUUACUAGACAAGUUGUUUACAACAAAAUAUUUUUACCAUUCUUUACAUACUUUGUAUUAUUUUUUUUUCUGAAUUUCUGUAAAACCUGAAAGCUUAAAAGCUAUGAAUGUUAGCUUUUCACUUUAAGUCAUUUAAGGCAUAUCCAUCAUUCACACAACACAGCACAUAAGACAUUCCCUCUCACAUGUAGAAAACAUCACCCCCACACAUUAACAAAACAUCAACCCCACACAUGUAGAAAACAUCACCCCCACACAUUAACAAAACAUCACCCCACACAUGUAAAAAACAUCACCCCCACACAUUAACAAAAAAUUCACCCCACUAAAAACACUCUCCGGUUGCCUGCUGCAUAGUACCCGAUUCAUGUCAAUUUAAUGAAAAAAUAUUUUUUUAGAUUUCCCACGUUUUAGAACGUUUGUUUGUUCUAUGCUGUAGUUUG